UCAUUGCUAGUUAUGGACUGUGAAACUCAAGCAAGCUAACAUGAUACAGAAGGGCAGAUGACUGUGCGAUGUCAAAUGGAUAAACAACAACAACAACACAAUAAUAUUUCCUGUUUGAAUAUAAACAAGAGUCCUUAUGAAGGAGAACGUCACAUGCCUUACGGUUGUUGAACAUCUUUGCCAGCACCUGUGACUGAGCGUCAGGACACAUCAAUCUGUGCCUGAGCACGUUGUCAGGUUGGGGCGGCAGUGACUGUCAUUAGCAGGACGAUGGCAUCGCCGUUUGUGCCUGUCCCAGUACCCAUGGACAGAGCCUCAUCAAGUUAUAGUAAUAAACUGAGAAGGCCGCCACGGGCUUCCUCGCUCGGAAGCGUCUCCAGCAGCUCCGAGUCUUCAUCCCCAAUAACCGGUUCAGCUGUGGACAAACAUGGAAGAAGAUGUGGAAGCUCCCAUCGUCAGUCCCGUUGUAUGGACAGAAGCAGUCGAAGCCAGACGCCACCGCCUCUCGGUAGCCCUGUCAUGCAAAAUGGAGAAAACGGAACUUUUGAGCGGUCAGUGGAGUAUUCAAGUUGCCCCCGUUCAAUAUCGGCUCCAGUAGAGAGCCAUCAAGGAGGAGGAGAGGAAAGACCUAUCACCCCAACAGUGCUUGGAUAUGAGGUCAUGGAGGAGAGGGCAAAGUUUACGGUCUAUAAGAUCCUCGUAAGGAAAACCACGGAUGAGAGCUGGGUUAUUUUCAGGAGGUAUGCAGACUUUUCCAGACUGAAUGAAAAGUUAAAAGAUAUGUUUCCGGGCUUUCGGCUAGCGCUGCCCCCAAAAAGGUGGUUUAAAGAUAACUAUGACAACGACUUCCUGGAAGACAGACAGUUGGGACUUCAGGCCUUUUUGCAAAACUUAGUUGCACAUAAGGACAUUGCCAACUGCCAAUCAGUGAGAGAGUUUUUAUGCCUUGACGAGCCGCCAGGCCCGUUCGAUAGUUUGGAGGAGAGCAGGGCUUUCUGUGAAACUCUGGAAGAAAGUAACUACCGUCUGCAGAAAGAAUUGCUGGAGAAGCAAAAAGAGAUUGCCUUGCUCAAGAAGAGCCUUCAGGAGAAAGACGAGGCCAUUCUGCUAAUGGAAAAGCAAAUUAAUGGCGAGUGUGUGACCUCACAGUCUCCAUGCGGCCUGUCGGCUCAGGGCAGUGAGAGCAGUGCAGAUGCCGAUGUGGAAUCAUCUGCUGCAGAGGCUGACCAGGACAUGCCAAAUGAACCCGGUCAUAAGGCUCCAAUCUGAAAUCAGAGUCCAGAAAAGCGAGCGGCACAUGUGAAGUUCACCUGGGGCGAUCGUCUGCCUGUUGGUGCGGGCCGUCACUCAGCACCUCCCCUCCAAUCAUCCAGGUCACCCAGCUCGAUCAAAAGAAGAUGGGUUAUUAAAAACACUGGUCUUCCUUUAUCUCCUCUUCCUGUUCCACUAUACUACUCUAGCUAUCACUAUUAUUUUUCAAAGCUGUAUAUUUCCUUUUUUCAGUCAAAUGUUCUUUUAUCUUAAGUGGUUGGGUUUGUGUGGACAGUGUUUUGCUCAAAAACCGUAGCUAGGAUUAGGUUACUAUUUUGAAAUAUUUUCGAGAACUUCCAAGUUCUGUCACAGCGUGUUUCCAUUUGUCUCUAUAUGGUUUCCAUAUGAUGGGUCUUGGGAUUUUACAUGUGAAAUAAGAAAUCCUGAAGGCUAUAUAACCUAUAACAAUAUCUGGAAUCACUUAACAUUUCUCAUGACUGAAACAUUUCUUCUUUACCAUCCACUUUGACUUUGAAACUUUUGACGUUAUAUUUAAUUCAACCUGCUGACUCAAAGCCAAAUUUUGGCAUCCUGACCAAAAAUAACUUUAAUGGCAAUUGUGUCACUUUAUACGUAUAGAAACUUGAAUCAUUUCAUCAGUCGAGGCAAACCUCCGAGUAGCAGACAAACAUACCUAUAUAGAUGUGAAAACUUGACUGGUUUACAUACGCUCGUACUUUUACAUACUGCCAUUAAAAGUAUAGACAGACCUCCCUACUUCAGAAACGCCACUCAUUUCACAUAAAUACCCCGUAAAAUAUUUGUGUCCCCCGCCCCCUAUAUACUAUACAUUAAAUUUAAAAAUCUGAAAAUGUGCAAAGGCUGAAAAAAAUUUACGACUGAAUUGUUGAGAAAUACCAUCAAUCGCGUUGAGAAAAGGUGGUGAAAUGGGCCCAACCAUGUUUACUAGUGAUGUCCCAAUCGCGCAUAUUUCGUCCGAGUCAAAGUAACCUGAUUUUCAGAAUCUGCCGAGUCCCAAUUCGAUACCGAAAAAAAAAAGAAAAAAAUAGUUUUGGGAACAAAAGUUCCAACAUGUUACUGUCCCACCAUACCGCCUUCAUAAUGUGAAUUAUUUUUAAACAGGAAUAACGUAGAAAAAUGCUCGUCUUUAUUCAAUCCUUCAUAGAGUGAGUCCACUCAAAUCCGUUCACGCUGCUGAGAGCAGCCUCUCACUUACAAUGACACACACAGCACACUCAUGCAAGUUUAACGAUGAUUGACCCAUUUGUGACUUUGAGAGCUACCAAGCUUCUCUGGCAAGAUCAAAGCUACAAACCUGUCAAUUAUCGCUAAGUACCAAACGCAAACUGGACAGUUUGGCUGCACUGCUUCAGCUAGCAGGAGGGAGGGUGAGAGGCCUUGGCGCUGUACAAGCAUGAAGCAGAAAAAUAUAUACAGUGUUGGUCCGAAUAUAAGACGGUGUUUUUUGCAUUGAAAUAAGAUUGAAAAAGUGGGGGUCGUCUUAUAUUUACGGUCUAGUCAUUAUACCCAUUCACGACGCUAGAUGGCGCCAGAUAUCAUUGAAGCGAUGUUCUGUCAUGACGGAUCUCGGCUACACUCAAGUUUAACCAGUUUGCAUUAUUUUAUUGCAAUGUUUUUCCUUAUUCAGAUUUGUUUCAAGACUACAGUUACAGUUAGACUCACGUUGAGGGUUAAUGCAGUUAUCGCAAUUUUGUUGUUUUAUCAUAAUAGAUUGGUUUAUUUACAUUUCAAAAACCAGAAGCCAUUCAUUUAUGAAUGUGAUUGCACUUUAGUUUACAUAUUUAAAUGUUCAGAUAUUAAGAUUUGAAUGAGGCAAAAUAACAUGCUUUUUCUCUCAAAUAUAUUGUUAUAAUCAUUUGUUUCAGAUGUACUGUAAUUAUUUUCUGUAUUAGAAUUUGGUGUUCAAAAAGUCUUUUUUCAAACUUGAGUCUUGAAAAAGAGGGGGUCGUCUCAUAAUCAGUGCCGUCUUAUAUUCGGGCCAUUAGGGUAUAAAUAUUUUUUUCAUUAAAAACCCCUUUUCACUCGAUGCCGAUCCUCUGAAAAAAUGGUGCCAUCACUUGAUCAAAUCUGGACAUCCCCUAAUGUCUACACUGCGACAACACACCUCCUGAAAACGAGUUUUCAGUGUAAAUCUACGAGAAAUUAUCUGCCAGUACCUCAAGUAAAUUUUACUCCGAUUUCUUGAAAUAAGCUAAUUUUCAGAUAGCUAUUUUUCUUAACUUAUUUUAAUCAAUAAAUUAGUAUAUUCAAUCUUUAAAAAAGCAUGUUUGUCAGAAAUGUUCUUAAUUCAAGAAGAAAUAUUGUUCAAAACAUUAUUUCAAAACAUUUUUUUCUUGAUUCGUUUGAAAAAUGACCAACUUUUAGAUGUAUGGGCUAAACAAGAACAAAUAGUAAUAUUUAUUUAAUAUAAAUGGAAUAAUCUUGCACAUUAAUCUGUUAACUAGCCUUUAACACCCAAAACAAGACUAGAUCUAAGAAUAAUCUUAUUAAGACUGUAUAAAUUUGCAGUGUACACCUAGCAGGUUUUUUUUUUUCUUUUCAAACCGAGGAUCCUGCUCUCAUACGUCUGGAAAAAUAAUCACGUCUACACCACCACGUUUGUAGAAAGAAAAAAAAAAAGCAUCCACAGCCAAUUGCAUUCAUUCGUUUUUAAGUACAUGCAUAACAAGGUGGCAAAAAAUAAUUGUCCAUAAUCUCGUCCUUUACAUGUUUUCCUUAAGAUGGAGCAAUGCAAGAGUUUGUAAAUAAAUGGAAGCAAAACACACCCGUCAAAUAGUUCAUCUAAACCCAUUGCGAAGGUACCCAUGUUGACUCCAAAUGUAAGAAUUGGUCUCAUGUGUGACGUAAGAACAAAGUUUGUCGCCGAGAGGUGGAUAGAUUAGCCAAAAUUUUUUACUCAAGUAAGAGUAGCGUUACUUCAAAAUAAUAUUUCUCAAGUAAAAAUGUACUCAAGUGCAAGUAAAGUAUUUGGUGAAAAUAAUACUCAAGUAAUGGGUAACAAAUAUUGAGUAACUUCUUACAUUUUUUUUAGCAAUUUUUUUUUGUCUAUAUGAACUCUUGUUAUAAAGAUUCUGUACAAAAACCCUUUACAUAACCACAUUAAGCCAAAGAAAUACCCCAAAAAAUCAUUCCGACGAGAGAAAAAAAAAUACAUAAAUGAAGCAUUAUUCGUCCAAGGAGUGUCCUCUGGUGGAGAAAAUAGUUCCUAGUUUGAAUAGUGAGUAAUUCCUCCAUAAUUACGAUUAGGAAAUUAAAGGGAUCAUAUCUCAGGUUUUCCGGGGUCAAUCGUUGCCAGUGAAAAACUUGGAGAGGUUAAAAUCCCUGCUUUCGAGUCAUGUCGAGGGCAGCGCUCGAUGUCAAAUACUUCAUUUUUUUAAAGGUGCUUUAAAGACACCCCAUUAUUGAACAGGCUGGCCUGAACAUAGAACGGCAAGCUUGCGCAUGAUUGGUAUCAUGGAGUCGUGAUUAUUGUUGCAACGUCUCAUCGGUGAAAUUGGUAGCUACUCUUGGGAUCACUGGCAAAAAAUACAAUAGUUAAAUCUAUUAUGUUGAAUAAAGAGGAAAAAUGUGAGGACUGUUGUAUAGCCCAAAGUAGAGGAGUAAGAGUAGCGUUUUUUUCUUCACAAAUCUUCUCAAGUAAAAGUGAAAAGUAUAGCUUAGUAAAACUACUCUUAGAAGUACAUUUUUCUCAAAAAGUUACUCAAGUAGAUGUAAUGGAGUACAUGUAACGCAUUACUACCCACCUCUGGUCGCAGACAGUGCGGUUUCCUCGGUUAUUAGUUUGUAUAUAAUGUAUGAUGACGCUAGAAACGCAGAAUUCACACAUCUUUUUUUGUUCGGAUUUUUUAAGAACCCUCGUUUUUAAUUCCUAAAAUGUGCGUGUGAGUGUGGAUGAUAGCCAAACAAUAGGAAUUCUUUUUGCGAAAUAACCUGCUACGUGUACACAUGGCCUAAGAUGACUUGUUAACAAAACUAUUCUCUAUCGUGAGUAACUAAAAUGUAUGUUUCUUUAAGCCAGUCUUAUUGAUUCGGAGGGAUAAAAUGAUAGGCACAGGAAAGUCACUUGCCUCAAUUUUCGGGUUUGAAUGUCAGUGAAUAUGUGCUUGUCUUGAUGUACCCUUUAAUUAUAUACAUUUUUUUCAUAUGGGGUAUAAUUUUCAUGCUGCUGGAAUACUAUGAAUCAUGCAUGUUCUACAUACUGUAACAUUUGUGAUGGAUAAAAUGGUAAAUCAAGUACAAAUCACAAGAACAUUAGUGGGCAAAGCAGGAAUAUAGUUUUGGGAAAUUCCAUGCAAAAAAAAAAGUGAUUUUGGUCAUGUUUUUGUUACAUUCCAUGAUUUUAUGCUCUCUCUUAUGUGACUGCAUUGGGAUUUUGUUGGCUAUGCCAGAUAAUGUGCAAAAAAAAUGUUUACAACACUUAAUAUUACAUCCUCCGGCAAGGUUGUAUGGGAAGUUGAGGAUGUGUAACCGCAAUGUCUGUUUGUGUGUAUUGUGAAGAGUCUGAAUAUUACGUCUGAAAUGAAGGACAAUGACUCAUUGGCUGUCCCUUUAAUAACACAGCCUUACUUUUAUUUAUUUUUAUUUUUUAACAUUAGCUGCAAAACAGUAGAAGGGAAAAAAACACUUCAGCCUUGUUGACCCUUUAUCAAUGCUGAGAUUUGUGCAUCCUUAAAAGCCAUAUAUUUUUAAACACACUUAAUCCUUGAGAGGAAUGCGUGUUCAAAAGCUAUUUUUUAGGUAAAUGACUGUUCGAUACAUGCCUUGGAACCAGUGAUUUGAAGCACUUUAUGGAUAAGCAGUAAUACUUAAUAUUUGCUUCAAUGUGCUUUUUAGUACUGGUGUGCUUUAAAAGGAACCUUGGACUUAAAGACUUGUAGGCUCUAAUAAGCCAUAAUUGUUCUCUUUUACUAAAAUAUGUUAUUUUAAACACAUAAAAUAUUGUCAUUGAUUUAAAAAUCUAUAUUUAGUACAGGUUUGUUUACGUACGGAGGGCGCCAUGUUUUAUGGACACUCAGGGUGAUGACGUAGAUUGUCACUGUCACUCGACGAAUACUACCAGGUCGCUGCAAUUUCUUCUACAUGGAGAGACGUCCAACACAUGCACUCAUCGGUCAAAAGCGGCGAGUCUUUUAUUACCUUUUCAUUGCCUCAAAAUACCUUUUGCAUGUGUUUCCCUUUCAUACUUUUAAGCAUAGUGUUUUUAUUGUGGUGGCUUUAAAGCAGAUUGUUGAUCUGUUGACCACAUUAGUCACAUAGCAUAUUUAAACCACCCUUAUUUGAUAUUAAUAUGUUUAAGUAUUUUGUUAAGGCAUCUUUAGUAUGUUCUGUCUGUAUUAGGCAUGUGCCGGUAUGAGAUUUUUGACGGAAUGAUAACCUUAACCAAAAAUACCGCGGUUUUACGGUAUUGAAAUUAUAGCUCUAAAAUGUGUCAAAAAAAUGAACAGGAUUUUUACAUUUUUCACAACAUAUCUGCAAAUUGGCACAUCGACAUGAAUAUAAAUAAUAAAUAAUAAAUAAAUAAAUAUAACCAAAAAUAAGUAACUGAAAUAUUUUAUAUAAAAUUGAAAUCGAACUUAUAGACUAAACCCACAGCCACAGCUCAAGUCGCUAAACAACAGAACAAAAAGAAUUAUCUUCCAUAAAAAAAUCAAAAACACUUCUAAAUAAAAUAUAUGUACAGUAUAUCAGGCACUUCACUGACUUUAAAGCUCCAUCUUAACACUUUUAGAGACUUGCUUAUUGUCUACAUAUUUCUCUCUGAGUCCAAGUUAUGAUGCAGGAAUCUGAGUAUGUUCACCUUUUCUGGGUUGAUAUACCACUACUACUAUUAAUAUUAAUUCAGUUAAUAUUAAUGGAGAGCGAGUGUGUCGCCAGAGAGAAAAUAUACCACAGGCUGUAUUAUGAAAAUGUUAUUUUGAGCAGAUGUUUUCAAUAGCGAAAGAAUUAAGGUUGCCAACAGUCCCGGAUUGUGCGGGACAACCCGCAAUAUAAGAAUUUCCGAUUAUUUCCAUCGGCAACAGCGGUACCAAUCGGAACUUCCUAUAUUCCUAGUGUGGAAGACUUUAGAAAAGUUGGCUAAUAGUAUAGAGGAACCCGGUUAGCUGUUUUGGCAUGCUAACUAUCCACAUUAUCUGCCUCGUUAACAAGCUAGUUACGUGAUGUCAAAGUAUAUAUUUUUUUUUACUAUCGCUAGACAGACUAAACACGCUGGAGAGAACUCGUAGCUGGUGGGAAACGUAAAUGACAGCGUUUACUUACCUUAAAUUUUGUAUAAAGUGACGGAUGAUGGUCACGUGAAUGUGAAAUCAAGUUUGAGGCGUUGCCCUUCCCUUGCAGACGCCCUCCGCAAGCAAGUCUUGAUAUCGGAUGUCCUUUCUCCUCUAACCCAUGGCCGUCUGCUUCUUUUCGGUAGCCAAAAUACUCCCAUACAUGCGAUUUUUUUUUUUUUUUGACAGUGGAAAAAGCUCACCAUCUUCAGCCACUGUGUCAACUCUAGUCAAUACCACAGAGUAACGUCACUGACGGACAAAGCAACAACCGGAGGGGGAGGAGUGAGCUCUCCCGCUCCAUUUCUCGGCGCAUUUUUGGGACAUAAAAAAUGGCUAACACCAUACUACGGUAUGACAGAAAAUUUUAGUUGUUUCGAAUCAGUGACGUUUAAAUGCCACGUUAAACCUUGAAACCGGUAACCGGCACAUGCCUCGUCUGUAGGCAUCUAAACAAAACAAGCUGAAAGCGCACAGUAGUACUUUGGGUGUCAAAUGUGCCUCUUGUAGAAGUUUAGCCAGUGUACUGUAGUACAUUUUGGCAGAACAGUUUUUUUUUUUUUCCCAUCUACUCUCGUCACGUCUUAUCCCGUCUUUCCUGUUCAUUUUGCAUUUGCUGCUCGUUUUAUGAACUAUCGACAAUGCUGUCAUGCUUAUUAAUGUUUCUCUCGGGUUCAAAUUGAAAGGUUGAACAGAUAUGUUUAUCUCACUAGAGUCAUACUCUGGAAGCCAGGCAGUGUAGCCAUGUGACGUCACCGCCCAGCAACGUCAACAACAAUGGCGACCUAUUAGUUAAAUUUUACAAAUUGUAUAAAAACGAAAAGAGGUUUCAGUACCAAAUAAUUUUAACUCAUAGGAAAGUUUAUCUUUUAAGAACUACAAGUCUUUCUAUCCUUGGAUCCCUUUAAGAAAGAGAAAUUCCUUUAUGCUCACAUCUUUUUUUAUUUGAUUUUGAUUUAUCCUUUUCUGACAGCGUAAGGCAUUUGAUAAUUUCUUAUUUACAAUGCUGACCUGACUGCAGACAACAGAGCAAAAUUCAGUCUGAAUGAAAAAUAUUCGUAACCGGAUCUAAAUAGCUUUGUUGUGUUGGCUGCUUAAGCGUAAUUUUUAAGUGCCUUUAACGUUUUAAUUUGUUGGUUGUUGUAGCUUUAUAGAUACUUUAUGCAUUUUAUUUAAAGAAAUCAUGUUUUAAUUGACACACCUAUGUACAGUGCCUUGCAAAAGUAUUCGGCCCCCUUGAAUCUUGCAAUCUUUCGCCACAUUUCAGGCUUCAAACAUAAAGAUAUGAAAUUUAAUUUUUUUGUCAAGAAUCAAAAACAAAAGGGACACAAUCAUGAAGUGGAACAACAUUUAUUGGAUAAUUUAAACUUUUUUAACAAAUAAAAAACUGAAAAGUGGGGCGUGCUAUAUAGAAAUUCUGCAAUUUAAGCAUUUAUUUACAAGAAUUUUCAACUUAAAAAUUUGUUUCGAGACGGCCGCCAUGUUGGAUUUUGUAUCUCUACACAAUAGCAUAAUUCAACCUAAAUACGUUGUGAUUGUAUAAAGAAAAAUGUUGCUUUUGUUGAGUAAAAUUAAGAUGAUUCUGCAUACUUUCCUCAAGUAUUAGGUUUCUGAUGUGAAAAUUGAGUGAUUUAUUAGCUGUCGAAAACUUGCACUAAAUAAAAAAAAAAGUAUUUUGGGCAAAAACUUAUAUAUGUUAUGUUAAAGAUUCCACUUGAUCCUGAAAACAUACAGUGCCUUGCAACAGUAUUCGGCCCCCUUGAAUCUUAAAACCUUUCGCCACAUUUCAGGCUUCAAACAUAAAGAUAUGAAAUUUAAUUUUUUUGUCAAGAAUCAACAACAAGAGGGAAACAAUCAUGAAGUGGAACAACAUUUAUUGGAUAAUUUAAACUUUUUUAACAAAUAAAAAACUGAAAAGUGGGGCGUGCAAUAUUAUUCGGCCCCUUUACUUUCAGUGCAGCAAACUCACUCCAGAAGUUCAGUGAGGAUCUCUGAAUGAUCCAAUGUUGUCCUAAAUGACCGAUGAUGAUAAAUAGAAUCCACCUGUGUGUAAUCAAGUCUCCGUAUGAAUGCACCUGCUCUGUGAUAGUCUCAGGGUUCUGUUUAAAGUGCAGAGAGCAUUAUGAAAACCAAGGAACACACCAGGCAGGUCCGAGAUACUGUUGUGGAGAAGUUUAAAGCCGGAUUUGGAUACAAAAAGAUUUCCCAAGCUUUAAACAUCUCAAGGAGCACUGUGCAAGCCAUCAUAUUGAAAUGGAAGGAGCAUCAGACCACUGCAAAUCUACCAAGACCCGGCCGUCCUUCCAAACUUUCUUCUCAAACAAGGAGAAAACUGAUCAGAGAUGCAGCCAAGAGGCCCAUGAUCACUCUGGAUGAACUGCAGAGAUCUACAGCUGAGGUGGGAGAGUCUGUCCAUAGGACAACAAUCAGUCGUACACUGCACAAAUCUGGCCUUUAUGGAAGAGUGGCAAGAAGAAAGCCAUUUCUCAAAGAUAUCCAUAAAAAGUCUUGUUUAAAGUUUGCCACAAGCCACCUGGGAGACACACCAAACAUGUGGAAGAAGGUGCUCUGGUCAGAUGAAACCAAAAUUGAACUUUUUGGCCACAAUGCAAAACGAUAUGUUUGGCGUAAAAGCAACACAGCUCAUCACCCUGAACACACCAUCCCCACUGUCAAACAUGGUGGUGGCAGCAUCAUGGUCUGGGCCUGCUUUUCUUCAGCAGGGACAGGGAAGAUGGUUAAAAUUGACGGGAAGAUGGAUGCAGCCAAAUACAGGAACAUCCUGGAAGAAAAACCUGUUGGUAUCUGCACAAGACCUGAGACUGGGACGGAGAUUUAUCUUCCAACAGGACAAUGAUCCAAAACAUAAAGCCAAAUCUACAAUGGAAUGGUUAAAAAAUAAACGUAUCCAGGUGUUAGAAUGGCCAAGUCAAAGUCCAGACCUGAAUCCAAUCGAGAAUCUGUGGAAAGAGCUGAAGACUGCUGUUCACAAACACUCUCCAUCCAACCUCACUGAGCUCGAGCUGUUUUGCAAGAAAGAAUGGGCAAGAAUGUCAGUCUCUCGAUGUGCAAAACUGAUAGAAACAUACCCCAAGCGACUUGCAGCUGUAAUUGGAGCAAAAGGUGGCGCUACAAAGUAUUAACGCAAGGGGGCCGAAUAAUAUUGCACGCCCCACUUUUCAGUUUUUUAUUUGUUAAAAAAGUUUAAAUUAUCCAAUAAAUUUUGUUCCACUUCACGAUUGUGUCCCACUUGUUGUUGAUUCUUGACAAAAAAUUAAAAUUUUAUAUCUUUAUGUUUGAAGCCUGAAAUGUGGUGAAAGGUUGCAAGGUUCAAGGGGGCCGAAUACUUUUGCAAAGCACUGUAUGUGCCGCUGCUUUGGAUAGACGGGGCUUAAAUAUUUCUAUAAUAGUAAUAAAGUAAUAGAGACGCUUAUCUCUAAUUUGGUGUGUAUUAUAUUUGUGUUGGGUGUACAAAUCACUCAAGUCUGUUCAUACAGUGUAAAAGUCAAGCUUAACUCACCAUGUAGCUGAAUUAUUUAUUAUGCACACAUAAAUGAUCUUUUUUUGCAUUA